CCACAGAGACGAUGGUAAGAUUUUCCCUACUUAAGAGAAGCAGGCUAGGUAUUUCACUCAGACUAGUUUUUUUUGUUGACUCAGCGCAAACAUGCGAUACUACUUCCAUAUGCCAAAACAACCCCUUUUUAGUCUCUAAUAACCAGCCUCACAAUCCGUUAUUUCCGCUUCUUACUUUCCAGUUUCACCUCGUUACUUUAACUAUGAAUCUGAAAAAAAAGUAAGGGAAUCAUCAACACAAACUCGCACGGGCAACCCCGGGGUUUUCCUGGCUACCGCGAGGUAAUGUAUGUGGGGGAACCGGUGGUGGUGGCCGUUUUGGCCACAUGGUAUGUUUGCCGAUGUGUGUUUCAGUGCGGGGAGACGGCAGAUGGUUUAUUAGCGGUCGAGAUGGCGAUUCGGAAAAUGGGGAACAAGU